AUUCCCGCCACUACCGCCGCCGCCAUGUCGAAGCUCGCUCGCUCGCUGCUCGCGCUCGCCGCGCUGCUCGCUGCCGCGGACGCCGCUUGCACUUCAAACGUACAUGGAAACGACACAGACCAUGUGGAACUUUUAGGGCCAUUUGGGGUUUCUAGUUUUGACGCCGAAAAGGGGAAAGUCAUUAACAUUGAAGACUCCUGCGGAUUCGGAAAGCCAGUAGGCGUGACAAUAAACGCGUGCAACAGCCACUCCAGCCGCACGUUCACAGACAUGGCGCCGCCAGGUCUCAGCUCCAACAUGACUCACGUGGAGGUGCGUUGCGAGCCCCGCGCUUGUUCUUCCGGAAUUUAUGUGCAAAUCAUACAGUACUUGAGCGAUGGGCACUGCGCCGAGCGCGAGCAGCCGAGCGACAUGGCGGUGUCGGCGUCGGCGGUGCUAGCGUCGGCGGCGGUGGCAUCGCGCGGCGACAUGAUGGUAGCGGCGGCGUGGACGGUGCGCUGA